ACAAGUAAACCGGAGAGAGGCGAAGCCUAAGUGGGCACUGAGAAAAUCAAGAGUAAAUUUUUUGCGGAGGAAGACAGAGAGAGAGAGAGAGAGAUCGAAAUGGCGUCCUUCUUGCAGUCGUUCAUCGACCCAAAGAAGAACUGGUUCGCUCGUCAACACAUGAAAGCGCUCACCCAACGCCUCCGUAAUUAUGGUCUUCGAUACGACGAUCUGUAUGAUCCGUACUACGAUAUUGAUGUGAAGGAGGCUUUGAAUCGGCUCCCGAGGGAGAUUGUUGAUGCGCGCAAUCAGCGUCUGAAGCGGGCCAUGGACCUUUCCAUGAAGCAUAAGUACCUUCCUGAUGAUCUCCAGGCCAUGCAAACACCAUUCAGGAGCUAUCUCCAGGAAAUGCUGGCACUUGUAAAGAAGGAGAGAGCAGAACGUGAGGCAUUGGGAGCAUUGCCUGUUUACCAGCGCACCAUUCCUUAAGCUAUGUCUGGUCUUGGUAGUGUUAUUUUUUGGAUGGAGUAAAUGAUGAUGUUUAAAAGACAGUUUCUUCCACAUCUCUCCAUCAAUUGUUUGUUUUCCAGGUUCUGUAUUUCGUUACCAAAGCUUGUUUCAAGUCAUUAAUAUGAUACAUAAUAAAUGUGAAAACUUAUUUUGUCAUCUUCUCCAUUGGAAUUAAUGUGAGAAUUACUCCUUUUGUUGGUUCA